AUGGGAACCCAACAGCUUUCUCCCAGACAAGCACAUGCUUUGUUCGAUAUUCUCACCCAUCACGAGACUUACGCAGAGAUUCAAGCCUUGAAGGAUCCCAAGACCGUGUCAGAUUUCGAGGUUCCAGGAGAGCCCAAGAAGCCAGAUAGCAGCGCGUCACCACUACUUCAGAUCCUUCUCCAUAAAUUCGUCUACGUGCUUCCCGGCCUUCGAGAUGUUGCGCCCGAUUUUUGGACCAAUGUCAAGGACCUCGUUGUUGCCUUGGCCCAAGGUAAUCUCAGCGAAAGCUACGACAAGGGCUCCAUCGGCAUCCGAAAGACUUUGUCGACGGCAACCGCGUCGAUUGUAGAAUACGUCUCUAGAGGCUGCUUGGGUGGAUAUCCAAGACAUGCUGGAAACAAGGAGCGCAAAUAUGACACCUCAGAUCCGGAUGACGUAGUCGCCGCCUGGGAUGAGUUUCUGCAGCAGAUUAUCUAUGGGGACAUGUUGGACAGAUUGUUUGCCAAGGCUGCCGAGACAGAUAAACUGUCAGACCAUGAGCCUCUGGUGCAGGCUGCUCAUGAGUACGCUUUCACCAUUCUGGGCUCCUUCCUCCACUACAUCAUCGUCAUCUCACCACGAGGCCAAUCCAUACUUCCGCUGCUGACCAAGGCUCACAACCUUGCACCAUACUUCAUGAUUCGACAAACCUUGAAGCUUGGUAACGCGGCAUCUAUGCUGAACGGCAUGGUAAAGUUGAUCCUUGCAAAAAUGAACUUGAGCACUGUCACUUCAUGGUUUGGGGGCCAGCCUUCUGAUUCUGGCAUGAACUUGAUGCAACAGAUUAUCUCGACAGUCUUGAGCUCGGACAGUAGCGAAUUGAAGAAGCGAGCAAGUGCCAUUGAGAAGGACAAAGAUGCGCCCAAAAAGGAGCAUCUAGCACUGCUCAAAGCCUAUGGCUCAAAGUCGAACGAGGAACAGCGCAAGGACAGAUCGGAAAGCGAGAGUCAGCCGGAGUCAAUUGUAAAUGCCAUAUUUACUAGCUCGUCGAAUGCUGCAAAUCCAUCCGAGUACCAGCACAAACUCGCCUUAGAGUACCUUGCCAUUCAAUUAGCCAUCCGAGAUAGGGAGGAACUCGUUGAUGGCCUCUGUCAUCAUUCGCCAGAUCUAUUGACAUCUUCAAUUCGGACUGUAAUCCCGGCAUACGAUCCCAUCAUACGCGGCCUUCAUCAAGCCUACGAUCUAAGCGGCGGUAUCUCUGACCUCGAAAACUUCUUGAAUGAUCUUAUCAGCGUGUCCACCGUGAAAAGCAAGGGCGGAGUGGCUCAGCCUCCGUCAGUGGAGGAUUUCUGCCGCUUGCUACAAAAGCACCAAGGCAGCUCUCAUAGAUUCAUUCACCAGGUCCUCAAGAACAACAAGGACCUGGCUCAACGGUACUACGACUACGCGAUGCACGCCGCAAGACAGUACAGGCAGGAGACGGAGCGUGCCAUCGAUGAUGAGGGAACACGCACCGCAGCAGCUGGUGACUUCACACCACAUCUCGAGUCACUUUUUUCCAAUCUCUCCGAAGCAGAGAGAGCCCAAGUUCUCGAAGAGAUCAACAGCCAUGCAGAGUACCUCUUCACCCUCACCCACAGCUCUACUCAGAGUAUGAAAACAGUCAUUCACCACCUCGCGGAAGGAGAGUCCGAUAUCCAACGCGGCCCUGGCAUGUAUCUUUCAAGGUGGCAGACGCUAAUGGACGAAACGCCAAUCACGCCCGCAAAUCCCAGUGGGCCCGUAAGGUCCGGCAAAAGCGAGAGUGUGAGAGAUGCUACGACGGUCGAUAUCGACGGAAAGAGUAAGGGCGACGCAGCUAAUCUUGAGAAAGUGAGUGAUUCAGACGCUGCGCCGCCGGAUGCGAGCAACACGGUGCGGCUACUUGUUCCAGGAUUUCAGGAUGUGUUGAGGGGUGUCAUCGAGAAGUAG